AUGCUUCCUGGGCUAUAUCUAGCCCUCCUUUCUGGCCUUGCUUCUGCCACUUCCUCUCCUUCGUACUCGGGUUAUAACGUAGUUUGGUCUUCCACGUUUGCAGGGAAUUCUGGAACGCUUCCCGAUACAAGCAACUGGAACAUCAUCACUGGUAACCUCGGCGUGAAUGCCGAGCUCGAGACUUACACUUCCUCAACCAAGAACUUGCAGCGCAGUGGUGGCCAGACCUUGCAAAUUGUUCCAUGGAAGGACUCAUCCGUCUCUGGAGGGUGGACCUCAGGCCGGAUAGAAAGCAGCUACACUUUCACGCCCAAAGCCGGUGGCAAGACCAUGGCAGAAGCAUCUAUCCGCUUCGGCACCAACGCUAUUGGCAACAAGCAAGGCAUUUGGCCAGCUUUCUGGCUUCUUGGUGAUUCUAUCCGACAUGGCACGGCUUGGCCUGCUUGCGGUGAGCUCGAUAUCAUGGAGACAGUCAACGGAUAUCUGACUGGAUACGGUACGGUGCACUGUAAUGUCUACCCGGGUGGUAUCUGCAGUGAGCCCAACGGCAUUCAAGGUUCGAUCGGAAUUCCCGACCAAAGCUGGCACACCUGGCGUAUUGUCUGGGACAACACCCCUAGUAGUUGGACCAGCCAGACAAUUACAUGGUACAUGGACGGCAUCGCCUUUAAUGAAAUCAGCGGUGCCGAGAUUGGAGACCAGACCACCUGGAACAGCUUGGCUCACAGCGCUGUAUUCUUCAUUCUCAACGUGGCUGUCGGGGGAUCCUGGCCUGGCAACCCGAAUUCUGCUACCCUUGAUGGAUACGGCUCCAUGAUGGAGGUUGCUUACGUUACGCAUUAUGCCUCGACGUAG